AAUGAAAAAAUCAGCAUAUAUAAGAACGAAUUGAGAUCUAUUCAGUUCAUUUAAGUUGAACAAGUUAUUUCUAAAACAGUUUACUUUUGAUUUAUUAACAUUGACUAACUACUUUGGAAGCUAAUACAAUGAAAACUGCGAUCGGACUCCUCUUUUUAUUUGCCGUGAUCAAUGUAUCAUACUCCACAUCACUACGAGAGUUUACCUUCAUGAAAAGUCUAUACGCUCGUGAAGAUAUGCCCAGGCUAGUACUAACUUCUAUGAUAACUCGACGAAUUGAUCAAGUCAAGACUUUAUACGAAAGCAAAUCGAUUCUUGAAGAUGCAAAAAUCUUUUGCAAUUCAACUGAACAAUCGUUAAACUUACUUUUGGAAUCAAUGAAUGCAAAUGACACUCAAAACGGUGAAUUUUUUGAAUCUUACUCACAUAUUGUCCAACUUAUAGCCGAUGUUAGCAAUGUCAUGAAUUUGCAUUAUGUUGAUUACUUGACUGUCAAUUCACGCGAUAGUUUCCCAAGAGAUGAGCUUCAAGCUAUGAUGGACGCUUAUAUUAGUGACAUUGAGAUGGUUCGUAUGUGUGAAGUAUCCAUGGGACGUGCAGAUCGAGUGGACAUGAAGAUCCUUGAACGUAUAAAAUCAUUGUCCAAUGAAAUGCGAAACUAUACUUUUUAUAGAGACGAUAGUUUCGUUUCUGAGUCAAUGAGUAUUUCAAGAAAAACAAUGGACCAAUGUUUGUGGCAAUUCAAAUUCUUGUUGAAUAAGUUUACAUCCACUUUCAUCCAUUACUAACGAUAACUUUCGUAAGAAUAAUUUUGGAGUUUUAUCAACUAUCAAAAUGGAAUAAAUAUUGAAGCAUUAAA